AUGGCGCCUAUGGAUGAACAUCUCAUUGCCGAUAAUGGCGACCACAUGGAUAUUGAUAUCCCUGGCGAUAGUAAUAGGGAUCCUAUGGAUGCCGAUGGCGAUGGAAACGAUCAGAACAAGAAUAACGACGACAGCGAUAGCGACAGCGAUGUUGAUGGCAGUGAUGACGGGCCUCAGUACAUCUUCUACGAUCGUGUCGAUGAGAAUGACGAGACUGAUGACGACGGAAUUGGAUCCGACUGCGAUGGCGACGUUGAGGAAUUCGGCUUCGAUAGCGAAUUUGAAAUCGACUUCGAGAGCGACGCUGAUAGCGAUAGCGAGGAUGAGGAUGAGGAUGCCCGAUCCGCCCCCUAUAUUGAUAUUGGAAUCGGCCUCGAUGGUGACCCCGAUGGCGAACCUGAAGCCGACAGUGAUGGUGACAUCGUUGUCAGCGAUGCCAAUGGCAGCGAGAAUGACAACAGCGGUGCCGAUGUCAACGCCAACACCGAAGCCAACAAGAAGGAUGCAGACAAAGAUCCGGAACCUCGUGUAUUCGACCUCCAAAAGGCCCUUGACAAGAUGUCCAGCAUUGACAUGGGCGAUGACGAGGCCGUUGAGAAGAUGAUUGGGGAUGCAAUUAGCCCCUCGGAUCGCCAGUCCAUGGAGAUGAGUCAGGAAAAGAUGGACGGGAUUAUAUCCAAGCUACCAGACAAUGCUGAAGGACUCGACAUGGUGGAGAAUGAGCCCGAGGUCAGGAGAUGUAUAGAGAAGUAUCGAGAACGACUCCGAUUCUUGAUCAUGUGGCUGGCGAGGUUGAUGCUCGCGAUUGGCGACUGCAGCAACGUUCCCCAGGACAUGAAGCCAUGGGUCAUCUUCACCGUGGCUAACGCCUCGGCGGAGUGCCGGGAGCGACUCCUCAACGUCCUUACCCAACCCGCAAUUCAUCCCUUGCACUAUCAAUAUCUUCUCGGCAAGGACAGAUGGACGCCGGAUAUGUUCAAGGGCGCCCCGAAGAUCGACCUGAAGAAUCCCGACGAGGCUGGAGAUUGCACAUCGACUUACCUUGACAUCGGGCGACGCGAGGACGGCACAUACUAUAUAGAACGGCAGUCAACGGUGAGGACCAAGGGCGCUCAAGCCCUCUUGGUGCAUGAACUGUUCGUGCAAUGCAUCGAGUACUCCUUCAUGGCUCUCUUCCGCUUCCCUAUUGACAUGGAGGACCCGGUCUACCCCAUGUGUGCGGCGCUGGCCCCUGUCGCAGAGAACCUCAUGAUGCUGUUGCUAAACAGCUUGACCACCACGCGUGUCCCACGACACAGCCGAAACGUGAGAUACCAGGCCAUGAGCCAAGCCUUUUUGGUGGCCCUCAGCCAAGAGGUGGUUUUCCCAGAUGGCGGAUGGGUUGGUGCCAACGUGGUACUACCCAUGGUCCAGACUACAGCAGCUAUCUGGGCCCUUCGCCGCAAGCACCGCCGGCUGGUGCUGUCGCCCGAGCUUGAGGCCAAGCUGAGGAAGCGUUUUGACGAGACAAGGGACUUGACACUUCUGCCGAAAGAGUGCCGCGGCCUUCUCGCCCUGGAGAACGCAUCGGACACAGUGGCGAAUGUGCAGGCCCUCCAAGCUCUGUAUGCCGCCAUCCUCCGGGAGCACAACAAACAAUUUCUGACGUCCAAAAUGCUGCUUUUCAAGAAGCGUUGCAUCCUCGUCUCAGCCAUGAUCGAGGAAGCCGAGCACGAGAAGCUAGCGAACGGCCCUCAUGCCGACGGUUACUACCGCCUCGACGUAAGCCUCCUGAACUGGGGCCAUGUAUCGCAGAGGGCUCAGGACAAGGCGGGAGAAGAGCUGUGCGGGUACUUCACCACCGCAGCUGACUGCCGCAAUCUAUUCAAGGGGGGCAAACAUGACUUCUACAAAAAUGCGAUGCAUGAGAAGAACUGGGAGGCUCUUCGACGGGGUGUUCCUGAGACACUAGAGAACAUCAAGACCGAGCCAUCAUACCCGCUUCCCAUUAGAAAGAGGCUUCGAGAGAUUUGCCAGGCCAUUGUCUACCAGCACCUGGCAAAACAAGGGUGGAUCGAAGAGACUCCAACGAAAGCCCAACUCGAAAACCGUCAGGUGCACAACAAAGAGCGUCUACUGAUUCCUAUUAUCAAACGGCUCAAGCAAGACGUUGGCCUCAGCACCUCAGUGAAAGCCGCAGACGGGGUUUGGGACAGCGAAACGUUGAAAAGCAGAGUUGUCAACAUGAUCUCCCGAGUCAUCAAGGAUCUCAAGGCUGGCUUGACUCGAUCCGAUGCCGACCUAUGGGCCAACCUGAAGGAAGUCGACUCGAAAUGGGCCGAGCCUCAAGCCGCCGCCACAGACAUCGGCAUAUUGCUCCCUGAGCUCCCCCAGCAACCCAUGCGCCAAACACCCCAACCAUUGCCUCCAAGCAAUGAUGACCACCAGGACGAAACCUUCCAGUUGCUUCUAAGCAAACAUGUCAGCCCAGACAGGAUCUGCAAUGUCAAUCAGCGUGCACGGCUCUACAACGAAGGCAGGGCCGCGGACGACACUGUGUUGCUUCCAGACGAUAUGCCAGCCCCUGGACAAGUCCCGUUCAACCUCUGUGGCCCCGAUGGGGAACCUCUACCGGAAAGAGGGUUCACGUGUGAAUCCCUCGAACCGCAGUCUCGGCACGGCCUAACACCAAAGCUUGCUCAACGCACCGGUGGAGAAACUCUCAGAGGGAAGUGUGGGCAAUGCGACAAAGACAACAAGGCCUGCGAACGUGACAAGGGAGACAAUCAAUGCCAGCGCUGCAAGUGGAAAGAGUACGAGUGCGGCAACUGGACGCACGAGAAGGUCAAGGAGUGCCCGGGCUGUGGCAAUUUCAUCAACAACGUCACAUUCAGCCAGCAUAGAAGAAAUAAUUGCAAGGGGAAGUGCAGCUACUGUCUCGACAAGGAGCUCCCACAACGAAAACCGUUGGGGGGGGCGCAGAAGAGGAAGAAGCCGCAGAAACGGAAGAAGCCGCAGAAGAGGAGGAAGCUGGAAGAAUACGAGAUGGAAGAGUGGGUAGGAGAUGGGACGGAAACGGAAGAUGAGGCAGAGGACGAGGAGUCGGAGGCAGAAUACGAGGAGACGGAGGACGAGGACGAGGAGUCGGAAGAGUGGGAAGGAGAUGGAAUGGAAACGGAAGAUGAGGCAGAGGACGAGGAGACGGAGGACGAGGAGAUGGAAGGAUAUGUGAUAGAGGGAGAAGAUGAGAUAGAAUGA